GUGUGUUCAGGUGAAACAUGAGCUGUGAAUGAGUCAGGAGAGGGUUAACUUCCUGGCCCCUCUCCCUGCGGCUCAGCCUGUCAUGAAACCUGUUUCUACUCGCCUGAACAUUUCUGAUUUCACAAAGAGUCUUCACAUCUCUCUGUCGGCUCGACGUCUCGCCAUGUUCAGAUCCCUCUGCAGGUUUGGUGUCCGCUGCUCUCGGCCUGCAGGAGUCAGAAUCUACACGUCCAGUUGGGUCUGGUCUGCGUGCGGCGUGUCCAGUUACAGCAGCCAAGCUCCAUCUGAAGAUGUGUCUGUGCGUUACAGCCUCGGCCGGCUGGUCCUCUCUCUGCGCCUCCCCACAGGUCAGCAGCGUCGUUUCACUCUGACACCCAUGUUGACCACGGUCGGUGACCUGCUGCAUGACAUCAAAGCAAAGGACCCCGGGGUGCACACCGCCACCCUGCUCAACAGAGACGGACAGAGAAUCUCUUCAUGCACCUUCAUGGAAACUGUUCUGAUAGAAGAUUUUCAGCUGGUGAUCAAUGACGUCACGCACAACGUCCGCUCGCUUGGACAAGGUUCGUCUCAUGAACACGUGCUGGGUGUGGACGACAUGAAGUACGUGGUCCAUCUGCUGCACUCGGCUCUGACUCUUCCUCAGCAGCAGCACAUCAAACACACAGAGCUGCUGAUCAGACAGGAGCAGCUCAGGGAGCAGCUGCAGCCGCUCGAGACGGUGCAAAUCAAGUUAGCGAAGGCGGCGGACAAGAGAGCAUGGAUACUGGGGUGGGCGGGGCUUGCCUACCUGUCGCUGCAGGGAGGAUUCCUGGGUUACCUCACCUGGUACGUGUUCGCCUGGGACGUGAUGGAACCAGUCACCUACUUCAUCUCCUACACCACCAGCAUGAUCUUCUUAGCCUACUACAUCCUCACCAAACAGGACUUCCUGUAUACGCAAGCGAGGGAUCGUCAGUUCCUUCACCUCUUCCACCAGCGAGCACAUGGACAGAAGUUCAAUGUUCAAAAAUACAACGAGCUCAAAGACGAGCUGGCAAAGGUGGAGAGUGAUCUGAGGAGUUUGAGAUCUGCCAUUCGGCGGCAGGUGGCUCAGCCUCAGAGAGCCGCCUGACAUUUUUACUUUGGUCUUUUUUUGUGACAUUAAAUGUAAAUUUUGCACAUUUUUUUGUACGAACUGUCUCUAGAAAAACAAGGUUCUUUGUAGCACAAGCUUCGUUCAGUUGUAUGUAUGACUGACAGAAAAAUAAAAAACUACAUUUUCUAAGUUUA